CUGUAAUAUGUGCCAUCAAUGCCAGAGGAGUGAUAAGGAGAAGGUGGUGCGGUGCCGCUGUCGCAAACGUUUUUGUGUUCCAUGCAUACAGAGAUGGUACCCGAGACUGUCAGAGGAAGCAAUAGCGGAGACUUGCCCAUACUGUCGUGGGAACUGCAACUGCAAAGCUUGUUUACGUAGAAAUGAUAUAAUCAAGGUUGGUAAUGGCAGCUAUGGGUCGCCAGAAAGUAAGGAUGAAAAGAUUCAGCACUUUAAAUAUCUUGUACAUGCACUCUAUCCAUUCCUGGAGCAAUUCGAUCAUGACCAAACGAGGGAAAAGAAGAUUGAGGCUGAGAUUCAAGGGUUACCACCAUCAGAGGUAGAGAUACAGCAGGCAGGUUGUUAUAACGACGAACGUGUGCACUGCAACAAUUGCAGAACCUCUAUAGUUGAUUUUCAUAGAAGCUGUCCGAAUUGUUCCUAUGAUCUCUGCCUGACUUGUUGCUGGGAAAUUCGGAACGGUUGCUUGCGAGGAGGUGUCAUACCUUGCCCACCAAAGGAAAUGGGUGGUUGUGGUCAUGAUCUUUUGGAGCUCAAGUGUAUGUUUCCAGAAAGCUGGGUCUCAGAGUUGCAGAAGAAAGUAAAAAAAAUAGUUAAAACCUAUGAACUUGCAGAUUUGAACAAAAUUUCUACGCAACAAUGCUCAUGUUUUAAAUCAAAUGGCAAGAUCGACAUUGGCAAUGGUAAACUGCGGAAAUCUGCUUCUAGAAAAGAUUCUGAAGACAACUAUCUGUACUGUCCUUCGGCAAGUGAUAUCCGGCAGGGGGAUCUGGAGCACUUCCAGAGACAUUGGAUCAGGGGAGAGCCAGUCAUUGUUAGCAAUGUUCAUGAAUUUACAUCUGGACUGAGUUGGGAACCAAUGGUUAUGUGGCGCGCAUUCCGUGAGAUUAAAUAUACCAAGGGUUCCUCAGAUUUGGCAGUGAAGGCAACAGAUUGCCUUGAUUGCUGUGAGGUUGAGAUAAAUAUUCACCAAUUUUUUACAGGGUACUCCGAAGGUAGAUCACACAGAAACUCUUGGCCUGAGAUGCUCAAACUGAAAGAUUGGCCGCCAUCUAACUUAUUUGAGGAGCGCUUACCACGCCAUGGUGCAGAAUUUGUCAGUGCCUUGCCAUAUUUGGAAUACACACAUCCCUGUUCUGGUAUACUUAAUGUUGCCUCAAAGUUGCCUACUGAUUCACUAAAGCCAGACCUUGGUCCUAAAACAUAUAUAGCAUAUGGAUUUUCUGAAGAGCUAGGACGCGGAGAUUCUGUGACAAAGCUUCACUGUGACAUGUCAGAUGCGGUGAAUGUGUUGAUGCACACUGCAGAAGUGACCUAUGCACCUUGGCAGCUUUCAAAGAUUAAAAAAUUGCAAAAAAAACAUUCUGCCCAAGACCAAGAAGAACUUUUUGGUAUAGUUCAUAUAGAUAAUCAAGAGGCUGAGAAUCAUGUCCCAGAAUCCAAUGGGAAGUUCAAAUCUGAGCGAGCUAACCCUAGUUCAUGUGGUGAAGAUUAUUGUGCCGAGGUUGUUAAAACUAAAGAAGACAAGGGGAAAGAUGCUGACAUUUUGGGUAGAAAUGGAAAUAAUGAAAUGCAAGACAUCGUGUUUGAUGAAACAGAUCAAGUUUCUAGUUUGCCUUCAGAGAAGAAGACAAAGAACAGGCAGGGGAGAGGAGUUGGGCGAGGCAGUAAGAGGAACAGAGGAUAUAUGCAUAAUAGAUUGGAUGUUGACUCUAAAGAUUUGUUAACAGAGACUGGUAAUGGUAUUGAAUCUCAGAAUGAAGAGGGUACUAGAAAUGAGGAAAAUAAUAGGAGAGUAGGACAGAUUGAUACUAUUCUCUCCGAUCGUCAUUGUUUGACAACUGAUGUCCACCAGCAAGGAGAGUUUUCUGGUGGUCCAAAUGCAGUUUCUGAAAACAGAUUGCAUGGGUUGGAGACAGCAGAGGGAGGUGCUGUUUGGGACAUUUUCCGUCGACCAGAUGUUCCCAAGCUGCAGGAAUAUCUUAGAAAGCACCACAGGGAAUUUAGGCACAUCUGUUGUUGUCCAGUAGAGCAGGUGGUUGACUCUAUUCAUGAUCAGACUUUCUACCUUAAUUUGUAUCAUAAAAGGAAGCUCAAAGAGGAAUUCGGAGUUGAACCUUGGACAUUUGUGCAAGAACUUGGAGAGGCUGUCUUUAUACCUGCAGGAUGUCCUCAUCAAGUUAGAAAUCUUAAGUCGUGUAUUAAGGUUGCUCUUGACUUUGUUUCACCUGAAAACAUCGGUGAGUGCAUUCGUUUGACUGAGGAAUUUCGUAUUCUUCCUGAGAAUCAUAGAGCCAAGGAAGACAAACUAGAGGUAAAAAAGAUGUCUCUCCACGCAUUAAGUAAAGCUGUGGAUGAUUUGGAGAAGCUUACACGGUGA